GGCCAUCAAACUCAAGCCACAAGCAACAUUGUAUAAUUCCAACUGCCUUCAAUAGUUCCAUUCAGGUGCUAAUCUCAAUCAUACAAUGGCUGCCUCAACUAUGGCUCUCUCCUCCCCGUCCUUCGCCGGAAAGGCAGUGAGACUCAACCCCUCCGCCCCUGAGCUGAUGGGAAAUGGAAGGAUCUCAAUGAAGAGAACUUCCAGGCCUUCCCCAUCUGGCAGCCCAUGGUACGGUCCAGACCGUGUUAAGUAUUUGGGCCCAUUCUCCGGUGAGCCCCCAAGCUACCUCACCGGCGAAUUCCCUGGUGACUACGGUUGGGACACUGCUGGGCUGUCAGCUGAUCCCGAGACCUUUGCCAAGAACCGUGAGCUCGAGGUGAUCCACUGCAGAUGGGCCAUGCUUGGAGCCCUUGGAUGCGUCUUCCCCGAGCUCUUGUCUCGAAAUGGAGUCCAGUUCGGUGAGGCUGUGUGGUUCAAGGCUGGAUCCCAAAUCUUCCAGGAGGGUGGACUCAACUACCUGGGCAACCCAAACUUGAUCCACGCCCAAAGCAUCUUGGCUAUCUGGGCUUGCCAAGUUGUCUUGAUGGGAGCUGUUGAGGGUUACCGUAUUGCUGGCGGACCACUCGGUGACGUGACCGACCCAAUCUACCCCGGUGGCAGCUUUGACCCAUUAGGCCUUGCUGACGACCCUGAAGCCUUUGCUGAGCUCAAGGUAAAGGAGAUCAAGAAUGGUAGAUUGGCCAUGUUCUCCAUGUUCGGAUUCUUUGUCCAGGCUAUUGUCACCGGCAAGGGUCCUUUGGAAAAUCUUGCUGACCACCUUGCAGACCCUGUUAACAACAAUGCUUGGGCAUAUGCCACCAACUUUGUUCCCGGAAAUUCUUUUGCUGGAUCCCAAAUCUUCCAGGAGGGUGGACUCAACUACCUGGGCAACCCAAACUUGAUCCACGCCCAAAGCAUCUUGGCUAUCUGGGCUUGCCAAGUUGUCUUGAUGGGAGCUGUUGAGGGUUACCGUGUUGCCGGUGGACCACUCGGUGAGGUGACUGACCCAAUUUACCCAGGUGGCAGUUUUGACCCAUUAGGCCUUGCUGACGAUCCAGAGGCAUUUGCUGAGCUAAAGGUGAAGGAGAUCAAGAAUGGUAGGUUGGCCAUGUUCUCAAUGUUCGGCUUCUUUGUCCAGGCCAUAGUCACUGGAAAGGGUCCAUUGGAGAAUCUUGCUGACCACCUUGCGGAUCCAGUUAACAACAACGCUUGGGCUUAUGCAACAAACUUUGUCCCUGGAAAAUGAGUUUGAGCGGUGAUUGUAAUUUGUGAAUCCAAAAGUGUGUAUAGUGAGCCCCUAAAGUGAUCUGUUUGUGAGCAUCGAGCUCGGCUCGCGGCUGAAUAUUAGCAUGUUAUAUUGGUGGAAAUUGGUCCAAGCUAAUGCCAAACGAGUUUUUUUUUUUU